AUGAUGCCUGAUUUUGUUAGAGAACAUUUGUGUAUCCUGGACCUGGACGCCGAAAUCAGACCGUGUCCACGCACCACUUUCAAACUCCACGGGGCCGUUGAGGCGAGUAGCCGGUUUCGUGGAGAGGCCAAAGAGAGAGGAGGAAAGGCCAUGUUCCCCUUUUUAAUUGACGAGAAUACGGGCAAGGAUAUGUACCAGUCGGAUGCGAUUGUGGACUAUCUGUGGGCCACGUACGGUACCAAGAAGCAGGUGCCGUUCAUGGUCAAGGUGGCCGACUCGAGGCUGUGGAGGAUGCCGUCUCUGUUUCUGGUGAGUCUCCUGCGCAGUGUGCCACAUAUGGGACUGAUGGCGUCACCCUCUCGACGACCGGAGCAGCCGUUGGAGCUGUGGGGCUUUGAGCCUUCACCCCCGUGCAAGCUGGUGCGAGAAACUCUGUGCGAGCUGGAGCUGCCCUAUGUGCAGCGCAACUGCGCCAAGGGCAGUAUCAAGCGACCCGAAUUCCGAGAGAAAUACGGACACACCUUGUCCUCUUUCCGGCAGAUAACAAACCAAAUUAAGGUGCCUCUACUUAUAGACCCGAAUACCAAGACCGAACUUUUCGAGAGCGCGGACAUAGUCAGCUAUCUGAGGCGCACCUACCAGGUUGGAGAAUCAACCGAUGCCGACUUAAGCGCAUACAGUACUGCGAAGAAGGCCUAUUAAAAGACUACAUUGCCAAAUGGAUGGAGAUAUAUUAAACAUUGUCAAAUGGAUGGAAGAUAUAUUAAACAUUGCCAAAUGGAUGAAGAUAUGUUAAACAUUGCCAAAUUUAUGG